UUUAUUCUCCUCGCUCCUGACGGAGUGCAAAACAGACCUUCCGCUGUAAAGAAGUUAUUAAGUAAGUACUUAUCAUAUGACUGUCUUAUCAUAAGUUGCUCUUUGUUAGUAUAGAUUUUCUUAUAUAACACCUCAUUACAUUUUGGUCAUUUAAUUAGUGCAUAUGAUCACAUCAUAAUAUUAUAAUAUUUUAAUAAAAUAUUAUAAUAUUAUAUUUUAAUAUUAUUAAAAUAUAUAUAUGUUAUUUACCGGAUUGGAGGUCCGUAUAGAGAAAUAUUUCUCGAGGUCUUAAAAACGGCCGAAGGCCGAGGGACGUUUUUAAGACCGAGAGAAAUAUUUCUCUAUACGGACCGACCAUACCGGUAAAUAAUAUUUUUAUUUUUUUUUAAUUCCUCCUCUGGAUUUCCCCAAUCACUCCUCCCGCACGCGAAUGAAGCUGCCAAAUAAAACGUCGUUUCUAUCAAUGCUAUCGGGAAGAGAAAUAUCUUUUGUGAGAUAGUAAAAUUCGUUUUCACUGUGUUUUUCAUCGUCUGCAAACAUUUUAAUGUUUUAAAAAGUAGCCUUUAAACUCGUCUUUAAAUUUUGAAAAAUGAAAACAUUGGCUCUACGGCUUUAAAUCUCGCGCGGUCCGUAUGGGCUCAUACGGACCGCUCACGUAGCCAAUCAGAUUGCAGAAAAGCGUAAAAUAUGACUUCGGACCGCAAGAAAAAAAAUAAUAUAUAAUAUUAUAAUACUUUUACCACAAUUAAAGAAAAUUUGUCAAUCAAAGUUUGAUUUGAGCAAUUUAGACCAAGAAUUAAGCUGUCCAAUAUUAUAAUAUUAUUAAAAUAUUUGCCGGUUUACACGAGACACAUGAAACCAGAUUCAGGGGCGCCGGAAGCAACAUGAAGCGGCGGGGGCAGCCAUUUAAAAAGGGGGCACUUACUCUUGAGCCUUAAUUUUUUUUUUUGGGGGGGAAGGGGGCAAUGUUCGUUAACAUUUUGCUGUAUAACGGAUACUUCAUUACUUGUAGCUAAUACAGUUAGACAAAUUUCGGCAUGGAUUGGAACAUUUUUAUUCGUUGCAUGACACUAAAGACUAAAAUGUAUUGUAAAGCAACUUGACAGUUGUCAGUUAUUUAGGAAGGCUUUCUUUUUCCCUUUUUUCAUAGGUGGAAACUGAUUGGUAACGUUUCUGAGAGGAAUUCAGAUUCAAAUAUGAGCUAAAUUGUUUAAAAACAAUUUUCAAUUUCAAUUCAUGUGAAAAACGCACGACGUUCGAAGUGCAGUUCUGGUAAAAAAGGCAACCUGCUGCCCCCGUGCUGCCCCCGUGCUGCCCCCGCACUGUUUAGGCAACGGGGGCAGCUGCCCCGUGGCUCCGGCGCCCCUGACCAGAUUAAUUUGUAAGGUUCCGCAUUUCGACAUUUGUACCAUACCACCUACAUCAUCACUUGUAGCUUUAUACCAACUUGAACUGGUUGUAGUUUGUUUAAUAAUUCAAAAUUGAUUGUAUAUAAUUGUAUGUAUUUUUAGUAGAAUUUAUACGGAUUUACUAAAUUGUUCAAUAGGAAUUUCAACUAGAUUUUAGCUAUCAUUAAAUUAUGGAUUUCGGUUCAACUGCAUUUUUUCAGUCAGUCGGAAAUUGAUGUCAUGACCUUUCAUUAUCAUAUUCAUAUUUCCAAGUAUUAUGAAUAAUCAAGGUUUGUUAUUGCAAAAUCAAACCAAAGCGAAGGCGGAAGUGUUUGAAAACGUCGUCUGUCUCUUGCUCUCGAUUUAUUUGCUUUACAAUGUGAGAUAAAUGUGACAAAGAAAGAUCAUUGGUAUCGAAUCUUUAACUAGAAAGUGACGCAAUGUUUCUAUGAGCUAUGAAGCAUGGCUUGCUGCCCGACCGAAGAGAAAUAUGGCUACGAAGACUGUCGAUUUGAGAAAGAUGUCGACGAAAAUUUCCAUUGCUCUAUCUGCUACAAUGUUCUUAAAGAACCAAGGACGUGUAGGAAUAAUGAUCACAUCUUUUGUCUUGCCUGCAUCACUCAACAUCUAAAGGUGAACUCUCAAACUUGUCCUGAAUGUAAUGAGCAUUUGAGCGUCGAUACGCUUCGUCGGCCGCGUGUGUUGAAUAACAUUUUGUCUAAACUAAAGAUAAAUUGUGAUCAUGCCAGUCGGGGAUGUCCUCAGUUUACCUGUCUUGAAGAUCUCAAAACUCACGUGGUGAAUUGUGGCUAUGCACCUGUGUUGUGUUCAUAUGCGGAGUGUGGUAUGGAGAUUAACAAGCAAGAUAAGGUCCAUCAUGAGACUGAAGUUUGUGAUUAUAGAAAAGUGAAAUGUCAUGACUGUGGACAGAUACAGGAAGAUGUCGGAACAUUGAAAGGAAGUUUAAUGGAACUGGAUGGGAAAGUGGAACAAGGAAUAAAGAAAUUGGACGAAAAAGUGGAAGCAGUGAAGGAAAUGAAUAAGGAAAUAAACAAAAAAGUGGAAGCAGUGAAGGAAAUGAACGAAAACGUGGAAGCAUCAAGUAGAGAAAUGAAGAAGGAAAUCGGGGAAGUUAAGAAAGAAGUCAGAGAUAUGAAGGACAAUCUUUCCAAGUGAACAAAGACGUGGAUGAAGUCAAAGUCAUGAUGAUUCAAAUGUUAGAGAAGUUAAAUAUGCUUGAACUGCUGAACAAACUGCCAUCUCCGACUGAGGGAAUGUUGAACACACCAAGAGAGGAUAUUUUGAUUGCAGGUGGAUAUGGAGGGCGUUCAACAUCUGGAAAAAGUACGGAAAUUUAUUCCUGGGAGAAAAAUGGUUGGUUUGAGGUGUCGCCAAUGAAUGACGACCAUAAAGGAGCUUCAUCGUUUGUCUAUAAAGAUCAGUUUUUUGUUGUCGAGGGAGAAAAUAGUAAGGCAAUAGAGACCUUGAAUCUUGAUGAAUUACCUUUGAAAUGGACGAAAUUUCUUGGACAACUCCCUUACAAUUGUGAUGCUCCUCAAUUUGUUGUUUACCAGCAGAGUAUCAUUCACAUUGGUGGAUUUCAAUAUCAAAAAGGAUGGUCCAAUGUAAUAAGUGAAUUGCAACUUACUUCACCAUGCAUUAUGAAGGAGUUGUGUCAAAUGCCUGAACCACGAGCAUAUCAUGGCGCUGAGGUAUUUGAAGAUAAAGUGCUGAUUUUAGGAGGACAUAACUCUGAUGAGACUACAGACAGUGUAUUGGAGUUUGAUCCGAAAAGGAAUGAAUGUAAAGAGAUGCCAAAAUUACCGUCUGCCUUGAGGAGAAUGGCGACAGUUUGCUGGAGGGAUGAAGUAAUUGUACUUGGAGGUCGUGAUAAGGAUGACCAAACUCGGAAUGAUGUUUUCAUGUACAACUCCAAGAUAGGCAAGACCACAACCUUACCAUCCAUGUUGGAGAAAAGAUGUGGAUGUUGUGCACUUAUUACUGGAAAUACCAUUGUAGUGAUUGGAGGUCUGAAUGAGAAACGUAAACGUCUCAGUUCAGUGGAGUGUUUUACAAUGGGAGGUUCUACAUGGGAGUAUCUUCCUGCCAUGAACAAUACCAGGUCCAGAGCAGUUGCUGAAGUUUUACCUUCCACACGAAAAUAUGUGUAAAUUGGACAUUGAGACAAUCAUAAUACGUUAAUUCAUAAUUAGGUUACGUUUUCGGGCACGAUUACAUGGUUCAGCUUUGUUAGGUUGAGAUAUGGGAUGAUUUUGAUGUAUUGAAAUAUUCCACGGUUUAUGACUCAGAGAAAUUACAUCAAUUUCCGAGAUAGUUUUUCAUGUAAUUGACGCUGAACAACUAGCAAUUUGCAGUCAUAAUAAUUUCGCUAAACUACAGGUUUGAUCAAUUGCGUUCCAGCUCCUAAUAUUGUCGUUUGACUUCAACUUUAUACAGCUGAUUCAAUUAAGGUUGUCUUUCCAAAACCUUAAACUCUGAGCGCGCAAGGGAUGAUGGGUUUUCACUUAUUAAACCCUUAAACUCAGAAAAUUGUCUUUGCGGCAAGUAUGUUUUCUGUCGUGAGUCUUCUAUAUGUCUUAGAUAUUCUUGCAAAGCCAAAUUUCAUAGUAUACGAGUCUAAAUAAGCAAUAACCCAUCAUCCCUUGCGCGCUCAGAGUUUAAGGUUUACGUUUUUGGAAGGACAACCUUAAUUGAAUUGACAACCUUAAUCCUAUUGUUGAACAAUCAGUUUGUUUUGGAUGAAAGUCAAAUGUAGUCUGUACGAGAAAUGUUUGGGGUUUUUUUUCAUAAUAUUAAUAUAAUAUAAUAUUUUUAUAAUAUUACGUACUAUUUAAAACACGAGCAGGAGUGCUUUAUUAGGUGUCGUUACCAAGCCCCUGCGCGCUCCAUUGUUUGCUAAAAAGCGCGCGAAAUUCCAUAUUUUUAAAAGCGUAAUCAAAAUGAUUUUCCUUUCAAUAAAACAAUUAUUGAAUUCGGUUUUGGUGUGAAAUAUCGAGAAUUAUCAAGGCCUCGGUUUGUGUUAUCCACCUCAGUCUUCGCUUUCAGUGGAUAACACAAACCCCGGCCUUGAUAAUUCUUGAUAUCAUACUCAACCUCAUUGAAUAAAAAUAUGAAAAAUCAUAUCAGCAUUAUGACGUGACUCCGUUAAAUAUUAUCUCAGAGCUCCUUAUUUAGUGAAACUAUUGAGUUGAUAUGGCGAUUUCACAGUUGGCUGUUACAAUCAGAAACAAUGAAUCUUUUAAAUACCUCCUUUUACCCCCAAACACCUCCCAAAUUUAUUUUCCUUUAUUUCAGCUAUUAUCAAAGUUGUUUAUCCGCGAAAACCAUCCAUUGUGUCAAAAUACGCUCUGCCAGUGAUGUGGAAACUUCUCGAGUCUUCGAGCAGUGCAUCGACUGGCAGUGGAAAUAUGAAGGAAGCCGUUCACGGUUUGGCUAACCUACUUUAUUCUUUAAUGGGACAAUCUCUGUUUGAGCAGGCUCAAGCAAAGUCGCACAGAUUACGACAAAAGCUCAAAGAGCUAUUGGAUCAAUGA